AUGGACGCCAGUUUGGAGCUCUGCUGGGCAUGUGGGGACGCUAUCACAGAUCACAUAAUCCGCGCACUCGAGCGAGCAUACCAUCUUUCUUGUUUCACCUGCACAACAUGUAAGAGGCAAAUUGGAGAGCAAGCUUUUGCCCAGGGAGAAGUUGGAGAAGUUUACUGCCUUCAAGACUAUUACAGAAAAUACGCUCCAAAGUGUAGUGCCUGUAACCAGCUUAUCAUUCCACAAGAAGAUGGUACCGACAGCUAUACAGUUGAAUGUCUGGGGCGUUCCUACCAUGAGAACUGCUACAGAUGUCAGGUCUGCGCCAUCCAACUGUCUCCUGAACCGAACGAGCAUGGCUGUUAUCCUUUAGACGGGAAGAUGCUUUGCAAGCCCUGUCACCUGAACCUGGCUUCUGGUCAGCACUAAUCCCACGUGAACAGCAAGCAAGACAAGAAAAAACUGAACAAAGAGAUGGGAGACUGCGCAUGUGCCUUUAGAAUGAAUGUGCAAAUGCCUUAAAUGCUUCCUUCACUAGAGAAAAGCUAUAUUUUUACAGUAUAUCAUGCUUUCUGAAGAUUACCUUCUUCUUUUUCAUCAUUUUGCACUUAAUACAAUCUACAAAAGCAACAAUUAUAUUCCUGCAACUCACUUUACAAAAAAUGUACGAGAAUAAAUGGAACCCCAGUCAGUAUCCUGUUUCUCGGUCAUUAUACAAACAUAUAAAUAAUCAACUUUAACUUGAAAAAAGGAUAGAAAAGUAAUCUAAUAUAUUUUAUCUCUAUUCGCCUUCAAACUGCAUCUACAUCAUCAAACCAAGCAGACAAACCACUAACGAGUACGAAGUAAUUGUCAAGCAGACUGUUUUUAACAUUGUCUUCUGCCUUAAUAAAACAAAGUUAUCCGGCAUAGUAUCAGAGUCUCAAUCGGAUUCCAGGGAAAUUGUUUUAUUUAUAGUCACUAUCUCAAAAAAAAAAACUUGCUGUAAUUCAUAUCUCGUACACAUGUAUUAAAUUGUUUUAUGAAAAACA